CAACCACCCAUCCCAUUCCAACCUACACAGUGGCCUGAUGCCUCUCAUUUGCUCCCUACAGAUCAUUCACAUCGUCAACCUGGCCUAGGGUCACCCUCUGUACAUUCAAUUCUCCUUUUCCUUCGCUCUCGGCAUCUUUGCGAUCGACAUAUGUGGAGUCCGCAGCAAAGGAAACACACAAGAGUCUACCUGACGGUUUCGCCUAUGACCACGAUUUUUCAUUUGCAUCAUCUAAGAACAAUAUUCAUGAUAAUUAAGACCGCUGUGUCCACUAUCAAGUAAUUCAUACCAGCACAAAUGUCUCAAUGGCGGCCACGGUAGCACCACCACAAAACAGUCUAGCAAAUAUCUCGACAAGUAUAUCUCAAACACAAAUGGACAACUCAAUGUCUGAACCUGUUCCCUCGAGGUAUGAAAAGACCAGUUGUCACUUCACACCUCUCCGGUAUAUAUAUUAGGCCAAGCUUUAACACUGACCCGACCCCAGCCAUGACCCCCUUAUACUCCCGACAACGAACCUUUCAAUGAUCAAAAUGGAAGACGUCGACGAUGGAGAUACAUCUAGCGGCCCUGGCUCCAUUAUUCGCAAUCUUCAGUUGGGGAGUGAAGCUCGUGACUCCCCAAACAGCUCCUUGACCUCGAUAUCGGUUGCAUCAUCUAUUGCUGAUCCAAAAUCCAACGUCUUCCAAGACCCUAAAAUUGAAUCCCAUCAUUCCAACGACACUCGCUCCUUCAUGUAUGCAAAAGCACCAGCAACUGCUCGGGCCAAGUCGUCCAUUCCUCCGAGGCUGUCUGCAUCCGAAUAUGCAACCCAAUGUGUGGCUGCUGCCGAGGCCUCCCGCCUGGACCCUUUCUCCCUACAUCAAGACGAACACCGCCUCUUGCAGGAUAAAUUAUGCAUGUCUCAUGUGACGGUCUAUUUGAAUAUCCGGAACGGGAUACUCAGGCUGUGGACUCGAAAUCCCAGCUUGAGUGUCACCCUCGAGGAAGCAAUUGGCUGUGCAAGAGAUGAUCGCUGGACUCGCUUGGCCUGUUUCGCCUACGAGUGGCUUAUGCGAAAUGGCUAUAUCAAUUUUGGUUGUGUCGAAACUCCCUUAACCAACAAAGUUGGUCGGGGCCGUAAGAAGGACCCGUCCCGAGAGACCAUUGUUGUCAUUGGCGGUGGCAUGGCAGGUCUGAGUACUGCCAGGCAACUCACAAACCUCUUUCAUCAUUAUUCCGAUCACAAAUUACCUAGGAUCAUUGUUCUUGAAGGCCGCCAACGGAUAGGAGGACGAAUCUACUCGCAUCCAUUGACCAGCAUGCACUCUUCCAAACUCGCACCCCAUCAAAGACCAACAGCCGAGAUGGGAGCUCACAUUAUCGUCGGAUUCGAACGCGGAAAUCCUCUCGAUGCCAUCGUUCGUGGCCAACUUGCACUAGACUACCACUUGCUCCGAGACCUCUCCACCCUCUACGAUAUCGACGGUGUACCCGUUAAUGGUGCUAACGACGCCAUGAUCGAGCGGCUCUAUAAUGACGUUCUUGACCGGACAGGGCACUAUCGUCUAAAAAAUAGUGUUAAGAAGACUGCCGAAGGUGACAAAGAGCUGAUUCAAGCCGGUCGGGAACCUGCAACGGAUGAAUCCCUGACCAUAAGGCAGUUUGAAGAAGCCACAGCCCUCGGGACGAUCGACCAACUCCUUCCCAAGAAAAAAUCACGAAGACGAGGGGCGGGGCAUCGGGCGGCUAAGGGCGACAACCCAACAGAAGAGAUCGAAACCAGCACUGAGACAAAGAUGCAGUUGCCAGCCGCACAAGCCGCCAAAGAGUUUGGAUUUCUUCUAAGGAAAACGACAGAGAUGCACGAAACUCUCGAACUGGAGGAUCUUGCUCAGCAACCCAAUCAGUCCCUCGGCUCCGUCAUGGAUGCGGGGAUUGACCAGUACCAAAAGUUUCUCGACCUAAAACCCUAUGCGCUACGGCUCAUCAAUUGGCACUUUGCUAAUCUCGAGUAUGCUAAUGCUGCUAACGUGGACAAACUAAGCCUUCGCGGCUGGGACCAAGACAUUGGAAACGAGUUCGAAGGAGAACAUGCGCAGGUCGUCGGUGGCUAUCAGCAGGUCCCACGAGCCUUAUGGCGGUAUCCUGACCCGCUAGAUGUGCGGACUAACAAGGCCGUGAAAAGCAUCAAGUACAGUGCAGCUGGCACACAGGGAAAAGCUACAGUGACCUGUGAAGAUGGCCAGUCUAUCGAGGCGGACAAAGUUGUGUUCGCAGCGCCACUGGGCGUUCUGAAAGAGCAAUCGAUCCAGUUCGACCCCCCUCUGCCACAGUGGAAGCGUGACGCCGUCCAGAGGAUGGGAUUCGGCCUGCUCAACAAGGUCAUUCUGGUCUUUGAGCGGCCAUUCUGGGACGUGAACCGCGACAUGUUUGGUCUGCUUCGUUCUCCCCGCAGUGGCAAUGGAUACCAUCAAAGUGAGUACAAGGCGGGUCGUGGCCAAUUCUACCUCUUCUGGAACUGCAUUGAAACAUCAGGUCUUCCUGUCCUGAUUGCAUUGAUGGCUGGCGAAGCGGCCCAUGAGGCUGAGAAGCUAAGCGACGAAACCGUGGUCUCUGAGUGCGUACAUCAACUGCGCAACAUUUUUGGAGUGGCCAAUGUGCCGCCACCUAUUGAAUCUAUUGUCACGCGAUGGGGUUCGGACAGAUUCGCUCGUGGCACUUAUUCAUUCGUGGCCGCAGAAGCCCAGCCUGGAGACUACGACCUCAUUGCCGCGCCCAUCUCGAAUCUUUAUUUCGCUGGUGAGGCAACCAUUGCCAGCCAUCCUGCAACGGUGCACGGUGCGUAUCUGUCUGGGUUACGUGCGGCCCGUGAAGUCUUUGAGUCGAUGGUUGGCGAGAUCGCCAUUCCGGAAAAACUAGUUCUCUCAAAUUCUGCCAAGAGAACAUCUUCCACGCUCACGGAAUUGACAAACAUGGACACACAUCUGGCUCAAGGUGGCAAGAGAAAAGGAGACGAAAUCUUGCCGACCGGCACAUUCACGCGGCCAGUCAAGGAGAAGGACAAUUCUCUUCACGGUGCUUAUGACGCGGCCAUGUGGGUGCGCAUUUAUAACGAUCUUGGCCCUCCACCAGUGAAACCAGUAAAAUCCAAUAUCAACUCGUUUCUCCUGUUCUCUGGGGAGCAUUGGGAAGAGGUCAAGGCGCGGGUCGCGGCUGAGAAGAAGAAGGCUGGGAAGAAGGGAAAACAGUCGGAACGGGACCAGGUCCGUGUAGAACUUGGUAAGAUGUGGGCGGCAUUGUCGGAUGAAGAGAAGAAGCCAUAUACAGAGCGCACAAACAAGAACCGAGAAGAAAACGAGAAGGCGUUCCAGGAGUGGUCUGUUAAGGCUGCGGACUGGGACCGUCGAACAUGGGAGGUCAAGGACGUGUGGAUCAAGGAAGGGAACAGCUUUGAGGAAUUCUGCAAGCGCAAGCAGCAAGACGAUGAUGCCAUGGAUGCAGAAUCGGCCAAGCGGCCAAAGAUCUGAGACUUGAGGGAAAAGCAUCAUUGCGUUAAUUGAAGGGAAUGGGUUUUGGGCAAUGCGUCUCGAGCUGCAUGAAACUUGGGAGUACUGUUAUUGACAUUAGGUACCUACCACGGUAUGCAACAUGAGGCAGGGGAUAUGCUCUACAGCUAGUCUAUAACUUUGAUGGAGUCAGACGCUAGCCAGACAUCUUGAAUGCGAUUGGCAUUGACGUUAGUAGGAUAUUAGACAGACAUGACAUGGGCAUAGUGUUACAGCCUCGAUGGAUCAAUUACGGAGUACGGAGUAUGUUCUGUACUCGUCUUGGCGAUGGCGAUGGCGAUGGUAGUUUGUGGAUAGGCAAAGAUGGCAAACAAGCGAC